CUGACCCGUGCCCCUCCAACUAUUUCAACCAAAGGUCGGUACCGCCACACCGGCUAUACGCGCUGCACCCAGCGGCGCUGCCUAACGGGCCUCCGCAAGACAAAAGUCGAGCAGUGUUUCGUCGCGAAGCGGGACCUGCGCGCGAGCCCCGUUUCUGCCAGUUUGCCACCGCCAAAUAAUACAUUCGUUGCCGGGGCUUCCACUCCUCGGUCGGCGGCGCGCUCCUUUAGCAGCUUCGCACGUCAAGGGUUCGUAGAGGCGGCUCGCGAUGAAGCGCAACACAAGCAACGUCGACACCGGCGGGGUGCCGGCCCCGCUCAACUCGACUCCGUCAACACGACUGAUCCAGAACGGCUACGGCGACUCCAAGUAUGAGACGGAGCGCAUGGAGUUCCCCUUCCCCGAGGACCCUCGCUAUCACCCACGUGACAGCGUCAAGGGCGCCUGGGAGAAGGUUAAAGAGGACCACCACCACCGUGUGGCCACCUACAACUGGGUGGACUGGCUGGCCUUCUUCAUCCCCUGUGUGCGCUGGCUGCGCACCUACCGCCGCUCCUACCUCCUCAACGAUAUCGUGGCGGGCAUCAGUGUGGGCUUCAUGGUGGUGCCGCAGGGCCUGUCGUACGCCAACCUUGCGGGCCUUCCCUCCGUGUACGGCCUGUACGGCGCCUUCCUACCCUGUAUCGUGUACUCGUUGGUGGGCAGCAGCCGGCAGCUGGCGGUGGGCCCGGUGGCCGUGACGUCACUGCUGCUCGGCACCAAGCUCAAAGACAUCCUGCCCGAGGCCGCCGGCAUCAGCAAUCCAAACAUCCCCGGAUCGCCGGAACUGGAUGCAGUGCAGGAAAAGUACAACCGGCUCGCGAUCCAGCUCGCCUUCCUGGUCGCCUGCCUGUACACGGGCGUGGGUAUCUUCCGCCUGGGCUUCGUGACCAACUUCCUGUCGCACGCCGUGAUCGGCGGCUUCACGUCCGGUGCCGCCAUCACCAUCGGCCUGAGCCAGGUCAAGUACAUCCUCGGCAUUUCCAUUCCCCGCCAGGACCGCCUGCAGGAUCAGGCGAAGACGUACGUCGACAACAUGCACAACAUGAAGUGGCAGGAAUUCAUCAUGGGCACAACGUUCCUCUUCCUGCUGGUCUUGUUCAAGGAGGUUGGCAAGCGCUCCAAGCGCUUCAAGUGGUUGCGCCCCAUCGGCCCGCUCACAGUGUGCAUCAUCGGCCUGUGCGCGGUCUACGUCGGCAACGUCCAGAACAAGGGCAUCAAGAUCAUUGGCGCCAUCAAGGCAGGCCUGCCCGCACCCACCGUGUCCUGGUGGUUCCCCAUGCCCGAGAUCUCCCAGCUGUUCCCCACCGCCAUCGUGGUCAUGCUGGUGGACCUGCUGGAGUCCACCUCGAUUGCGCGCGCGCUGGCCCGCAAGAACAAGUACGAGCUGCACGCCAACCAGGAGAUUGUGGGUCUUGGCCUCGCCAACUUCGCUGGCGCCAUCUUCAACUGCUACACCACCACCGGCUCCUUCUCGCGCUCCGCCGUGAACAACGAGUCGGGCGCCAAGACCGGCCUGGCCUGCUUCAUUACCGCCUGGGUGGUGGGCUUCGUGCUCAUCUUCCUGACGCCCGUGUUCGCGCAUCUGCCGUACUGCACGCUGGGUGCCAUCAUCGUCAGCUCCAUUGUGGGCCUGCUGGAGUACGAGCAGGCCAUCUACCUGUGGAAGGUGAACAAGCUCGACUGGCUGGUGUGGAUGGCUUCCUUCCUGGGAGUGCUGUUCAUCAGUGUGGAGAUCGGUCUGGGCAUUGCCAUCGGCCUGGCUAUCCUGAUCGUCAUCUACGAGUCCGCCUUCCCCAACACCGCCCUGGUCGGACGCAUCCCCGGCACCACCAUCUGGCGCAACAUCAAGCAGUAUCCCAACGCCCAGCUGGCGCCCGGCCUGCUGGUGUUCCGCAUUGACGCGCCGAUCUACUUUGCCAACAUCCAGUGGAUCAAGGAGCGACUGGAGGGCUUCGCGUCCGCGCACCGCGUCUGGAGCCAGGAGCACGGCGUGCCGCUCGAGUAUGUUAUCCUGGACUUCUCGCCUGUGACCCACAUCGAUGCAACCGGCCUGCACACGCUGGAGACGAUUGUCGAGACGCUGGCGGGCCACGGUACCCAGGUGGUGCUGGCCAACCCCUCUCAGGAGAUCAUUGCGCUCAUGCGCCGCGGCGGCCUGUUCGACAUGAUCGGCCGCGACUACGUCUUCAUCACCGUCAACGAGGCCGUCACCUUCUGCAGCCGGCAGAUGGCGGAGCGCGGCUACGCUGUCAAGGAGGACAACACCUCCUCCUAUCCGCACUUCGGCUCGCGCCGCACGCCGGGCGCGCUGCCGGCGCCCUCCUCCCAGCUGGACAGCAGCCCGCCCACCUCGGUCACCGAGUCCACGAGCGGCACCCCCGCCGCCGGCACCUACAGCAGCAUCGGCGGCGCCGUGCCAGCCGUGGCGGGCCACACCGCGGCCGGCAACGGCGGCAGCCACAGCCCAAGCGCGCAACCGGGCGUGCAGCUGACCACCACGGGCUCGCAGCGGCAGCAGUAGAGGAGCGUUGCAGCAUUGCACGUGGCAUGCAGCUCAUGUCGGCCGCGUGCGUGUGGGGAGUGAGAGUGGGGGCUGAUUUUGAGCGCAGUUUGUGGCUCCGGGCCUGGUGUGGGUUUCUGUCGAACGAGUACGAAUAAGAAGAGAGUGGGACUGGCUUAUGCAGGGCGCCUUGCAAGACCUGGCAAAGUGGCAAGCGCUUCGAUGCUUCCGUGUAUGAAGCAUCCUCGAUAACAUGACGCCAGUGGUGUGCACAUCACGUUGCGAAUCUAGGGCUCCUUUGCUGCUAAGAAGUAUGCUCGGUGGCGCUGCUUCACACAACUACUUGGCUAGGGGUACAGCCUGGUCCCGCUCGCAACGGGCAGCAGGCCUGUGAGGACUACACGCCUGUGGUGUGUAUGUGUAUGUGACACGGGCGGCGUGGGGGCAUGACACGGCGACGGCUCUACAUUAGCUGGGUUAUGACCUUAAUCAACAACACUAAACUGUACUGUGCGAUCACUGUUUAGCAUCGAAUGCAUUUAUAUAAACACCUAUUGUCAUGUGUGCCAGGGUGUUUUGAGCGCCUGGAUGAGCGCGCGGCACCUCAGCCGAAAGUUGCAGGAUUUGUGGGGGGGGGGGGGCGGGAGUGAGUUCAUGGACCCUUACCAUGUCCCAUCGAACUGCGUUGGUAUGUAAGGUUGCGGCUUGCGAGCGAUGGUGGCGCCGUACAAGCUCGUGUCCCGGCAGUGCGCCUGGUGAGUACAGGAGCGGCAAGGGCUGCUGCAGGAGCCCGCUACACUUCUUCAGCAGAUUGAGUGACGUUUCGCUUACUCCCACGAACAAACAAAUGUAUGACUAUCAAGCGUGUAAUUGGAGUUACAC